CAGUGGAGCUCACAGAGGUGUAGAGCGCAGGCUGCACGGUGACGGGAGGCAGAGACUGUACCUCACGGGCUUUUUUAUAUUUCGUAUGAGCACAACGCAUUGAUUUACAAAGAUGUGGACGGGUAUAGGGAAACUGCUGCUUUUACAUAUGAUACUCGCGGGCUUCCUGCUUGUGAACGGUACUCAGCCGGAGUGUGAAAGCGGUCAGUUUCAGUGCAGGAACGGCAGGUGUAUUCCGACUCCAUGGAGAUGUGAUGAUGACGACGACUGCUCGGACAACAGCGACGAGGAAAACUGCCCCAAAAAGACGUGUGCCACGACAGAUUUUGCUUGUAAGAACGGACAGUGCGUCCCAGCCCGCUGGAGAUGUGAUGGAGAACCUGAGUGUCCAGAUGGUUCAGAUGAAGCAGAAUCCACCUGCUCCGGACGACAGACGUGUCCACCAGAGAAGUUUGACUGUGGUGGUUCGACAAGCAAGUGCGUAUCGAUGUCAUGGCGCUGUGAUGGUGAAAGGGACUGUGAAAAUGGAGCGGAUGAGGAGCAGUGUGCUGCAGACGCAAAGGCCUGCCCCCCAAAAGAGUUUAAGUGUCGCAACCAUAUGUGCGUGGCUCCCACGUUCGUCUGUGAUGGAGAUGACGACUGUGGUGAUGGAAGCGAUGAGGAGAGUUGCACGCCGGCCACCAGCAGCAGCACCUGCGCCCCGCUCGAAUUCCGCUGCAACGACUCUGAGUGUAUCCCAGCCCUGUGGAGCUGCGAUGGAGAUCCCGACUGCCGAGAUAAAUCUGACGAAUCUAUUGAGCGUUGCAGCCGCAGGACAGAACCACAAAAGCCGCGUUGCCCCGCAGGGGAAUUCCAGUGCAGGAGCGGAGAAUGCAUCCACUUUAACUGGAAAUGUGACGGAGACGCAGACUGCAAGGACAAGUCGGAUGAGGCCAACUGUCCUCUUCUGACCUGCCGUCCAGAUGAGUUCCAGUGUGGUGACGGCUCCUGCAUUCACGGCACUAAACAGUGCAACAAAGUGCACGACUGUCCAGAUUUCAGUGAUGAGGCUGGAUGCAUUAAUAGAACCACAAAAUGUGACGGUCCGAUGAAGUUCCUGUGUAAAAGCGGCGAGUGCAUCGAAAGCAGUAAAGUGUGCGACAAUAUCAAGGAUUGCAAGGACUGGUCCGAUGAGCCCAUGAAGGACUGUGGUCUGAAUGAAUGUGCCAGUAACAAUGGCGGCUGCUCUCACAUAUGUAAGGACCGGAAGAUCGGCUACGAGUGCGAAUGCCCCUCGGGAUACAAACUACUGGACAAGAAGACUUGUGGAGACAUAGACGAAUGCGAAAACCCUGAUGCCUGCAGUCAAAUAUGUAUCAACCUCAAAGGCGACUACAAAUGUGAAUGUUACGAGGGCUAUGAGAUGGACCCGGUUAGCAAGACCUGCAAAGCAGAAGGUAAGAGCCCUUACCUCAUGUUUACCAACCGUCACGAGAUCCGCCGCAUUGACCUGGUAAAGAAGGACUACACCCAAGUAGUACCGACCCUAAAAAAUGCUGUGGCCCUUGAUGUUGACGUUACCACUAACACGAUGUACUGGUGUGACCUCUACCAUCGCAAGAUCUUCAGUGCAUUCAUCAACAAAGCAAGUGAUUCGUCUCAACAGAUCACACUGGUAGAUGCAGCGCUUCAUUCCCCGGAGGGAUUAGCAGUUGACUGGGUCCAUAAAAAUAUCUACUGGACCGACUCUGGACACAAGACUAUUUCUGUAGCUACUGGUGAUGGCAAGAAGAGGAAAGUGUUGAUUGACACAGAGCUCGGUGAACCACGUGCCAUCGCUCUUGACCCAAGACAAGGGUUCAUGUACUGGUCAGAUUGGGGAACGCAAGCUAAGAUCGAGAAAGCCGGAAUGAACGGGGUGGAUCGGCAAGUUCUGGUCUCAGAGAGGAUCGAAUGGCCCAAUGGGAUCGCUCUCGAUCUGUCUAGUAGAAGACUCUACUGGGUAGACUCCAAACUUCAUCUUAUCUCCAGUGUGGAUCUGAAUGGAGACAACCGUAGGGUUUUGCUGGCCUCCAUGGAUCAUCUAGGCCAUCCCUUUGCUCUAACUCUGUUUGAGGACCGGGUUUACUGGACAGACUUGGAGGAUGAGGCCAUCUACAGCGCCAACCGGCUAACAGGGAAUGAUGUGGCUAUGCUGGCUCAGCAUCUUAACAACCCACUUGAUGUGGUGGUGUUCCACGAGCUCAAGCAACCUUCAGCUCCAGACACCUGUAACAUUGGGAGUCUGCCCAAUGGCGGCUGUGAAUAUCUUUGCCUCAGAGCCCCUCAAAUCACAGACCAUUCACCCAAGUACACGUGUGCCUGCCCGGACACCAUGGAGCUCGGCAGGGAUAUGCGCCGCUGCGUGACAGUCAAACCUAAGACAACGACUGCUGCCAGUACAACAUCAACAACGCCACAAUCAUCCACUACUACUACAACUACUACACCUUCAACCACCAUUUCUACUACAAGUGCCACAUCUUCACCUACCAGUACAACUUUACAGACUACACCAACCACAGUAACAACUACAACCACUCACGUUCCCAUGACAACCACCACCAACUCAAGCAAUACCACUUAUUAUAGCACACGUCAUCCCAACACCACACACUCCACGGCCACAUCUACCACAGGGACCACUCAGCCCAGCACUACAUCACCAUGGAGACAUACAACAUCCAACCAGACAACGGCAAACUUCAGACAGACAUCAACAACCAUCGCUCACGGCAACAGUGUGCAAGAGGCCAAUGGCAACCUCUCUCAUCGCGCUGGAACAGGAAGUGAUCACUUUUUCCUUGGUAGCAAUAUAACCGUUGCAGUUCUGGGCAUUGUCAUUCCCAUAGUUCCUAUCCUUGCCACAGUGGUCAUCGGUCUGCUGUGUACCGGAGGAUACCUGGUGUGGCGCAACUGGAGGAGAAGAAACACCAAGAGCAUGAACUUCGACAACCCUGUUUACCGCAAGACCACGGAAGACGACGACGACGAGAUCCACAUCGGCCGCAGCGAGCAGAUUGGCCACGUCUACCCUGCUGUGAGUGGCAGUGCCAGACAGCCAUACCUAGCACUGCCACUGGGGGGCAGUAUCCCUGACCAGGCAGCUCAUUGGUACACAACGACACCUAUGCUAUCCAGUGCAAAGUGAACAAAGGGAGUCGAUCAAUUGGAUAGUGAUGAAAGGAGGGCGGGGCUAAGACAAAGCUCAUCAGACAUGGCUCGUCGUGCGAUUAGGGGAGAGAUUGGCCUUACACUGUCUCUUGUGUCAUACACACAAUGAAUCCACCCAUUCAUCACCUCCUUUACAUUAUAUUUAAAUGUUUUUUUUCACAUGUAUGUUUAAUAGUCGUUUUCGCUUCCAUAGUCUUUGCGUUGUGUGUCAAGCGUUAAAUGCGUUCCAUGUUUGAAAACUUCGAAAUAGCGCUCGCCCAUUAUUCCACGGUUAUUUUUAAUAUACUUUCUUUAGCAAUGAGCACCUUAUACGGCUGGACAAUCUUAUAGCGUAUUGUCAUUCAUUUUAUUAUUCAGGUGAAGUAAAGAUUUAUUCAUGGGUUUUAGUUACUGUAAGCGUAGGCUGAAAUGGUAAACAUGGAGGUAAAGUUGUUGAGAGCAGUUGGGCAGAUGUUGAAUGUUGAAGCUGAGGUUCCUGUGCUACUGUAUAGUCGACAUGUCAAGCACAAGCAGAUAUUGAGACAUCUGCUGUGUAACAGAAGUGUGGUGGGUCGCCCCAGUGGCACAACAGGAUUCUCUUCAAUGGCACACACAUCACACUGUUCAGUGUGUGUCUGUGUGAGGAGCAUAUUAGAUGUUUCUCAAUCCCUCUCUGCAGGAAAAAAAUACCUUAAACCAGUCUAAACUGUUGUUUUUUUGUGGUCUUAAUGCGAUAGUUCACCAAAAAUAGAAAUUCUGCCAUAAUUUACUCACUCUCAAGUUGGUACAAACCUGUAUAAAUCUAUUUGUUUUGAUGAACACAAAGGAAGAUAUUCUGAGCAAUGUUUGUAAGAAAUCAAGAGCACAUUUAAUAAUAUUAUGGAAGUCAAAAGUGCUCAAAAACUAUUUGGUAACCAACAUUGCUCAAAAUAUCUUCCUUUGUGUACAAAAUAGUGGGUAAAUAAUGACAGAAUCUUAAUUUUCGGGUAAACUACUUGUAAAGGCCGAUUUAUAGUCGUGCGUAAGCUCUAUGCCGUAGCUACACGGUAGGUUAUCUGAAGCCUGUGUAGCUCUGCGUAUCCUGAUGUGCACCUCGCCAAAUUUUUAACAGCGCGUCAGUUCUAUGCGGAUCGCAAGCGCUGUGAUUGGUCCACCAGGACCCCUCCCAUCAGGUUAAAAAAACUGUGUCAUAGAUACUUUCGUUUGCAAUGAUGAAAACAAAGAGGAGCUAAGUUGAGGAGUGAUUUAACUCAAACUCCAACAAAGGUCGCUGUUUAUGUACUUCCAUCAUUGCUGGUCUUCUCAAAUCAUACACAACAAGUUGCUGUUUUUUCUUCGUUUGUGGGUUAACUUGCCAAGCUGCUUCUUCAUUGACGGUCGCGCUGCUACUGUGGUUACACGCAUGGAUACUGCCUACCAGCGGUUUACGCGUGUGUUUGAACAUCGACGCGGACAACAACGCAAAAGUAUAAAUGAAAACCGACUCGGAACCUACGCCGUCGGGGCUACAUCGUAGGACCUACACACAACUAUAACGAGCCCUUAAAUUUGUAUAAUUGACCUCCUGGCCAAUCAAGCUUAGACUGGUUUAAGUAGUUUUUUAGCAGUGCCUUAUCUUCCUUUAAUGGUUUUCUUUCUCUCUGUUUUUUUCUUAUACUCCUUUGUUCUUCAUAUGAAAAGCUCAGAUGCAAAAUGCCACAUUUGUAAAAAAAAAUGCAAUAAUGAUAUUGACAGAAUCCUCUGGGAACAUAUUAUACGUCCAUCAAUUACUUUAGCUUCAAAUCGGUUUAAUCCAGACCUCAGGACAUUCUGAAAUACCAGCUUGUUGGCAAGAAUCCGUUAAAUGCCACAACAAUUUUUCAGCAAAGUCCUUUAGGUGCAUGGAAUAUGGAUUGGAUAAAAAGCGGCACGCGUACGUCGAGCUGCAAGGUUUUUUUACUUUGUUAAAGAAGGUUUACUGAAUAUAAAAGGAUAUUAACCGAAGCCUUUUUCUCAGAAAUAACAGUGAAGAUUGACUGGAGAUUUUUUUAGAAAUUGACAACAAUGCAGUAUAAGAAGAAUGGGUUUCAUUCACUAUAAGCAAAUUUGUGCGUGAGAUGUGCAUAUUCACAAACAAAUCAUGAUUCAACAAAAACCUCGUCUUAAUUUUUUUUUUUAAAUUUAAGCAAAAAUUCAAGAAAACCUAAAACCACUUUUAAGCAAUAGUCGCGUACGUAAGGAAUAAUUGACGACGGGCCAUUUAAUUAUAAGAAAAUAAUGCACACCCAAGGUGCAAUGCGGCACGACGCGAAGCGGAGUGUGCAUUAUUUUCAAAUGAUUCAAAGGACCGGAGUCAAUUAUUCCUCUUAUACCACGAUUACCACAAACAUUGCUCUGGUGCCUAUUUUUAAGACAUUUGACAAGUUAUGUGUGCGGUUAUCAGAAAUUAAUGCAUACCCACAGAACAUUUCUCAGCCAAUCAGAAUACAGCAUUCAAUAGACCCGUGGUAUAAGCUAUAAUAAAAUACCAGACUAUAAUUAUAAUGUUUAUAAUAAUGUUGAUAUAUAAAAUGUAAAUGUAUUAUAUUUUAUAUUAUAAUAUUUUCUGUAUUAUAUAUGAUUAUACAUGAUCUAUAUUAUUAUUAUUAUUAUAUACAUUAUAUUACACAUUAUUAUAGCCUACUUCCCGCUUACCUUCCUCACUUUUUAAAGCUCUAUAUGAAAGCAUCUGCUUAAUGUCUAAUGUAAACUUUAUGUAAAUGUAAUAAGAAGUCCAAACGUCAAUCACUUGAUCACCUGUCUGUCUAUUUUAGAUACAGAUGCGCAUCUCUGUCAUAUAAAUUAAAUGUCAUAUUAGUAAACGCAUCCAAUAUGUUACUCCGGUCGGUGGAUAGCACCGGCUUCCUCCAGCGACGGCAAAACAUUCCAAAUAAAAAAUGCAAAACGAAACUUCACCAAUAAUAAAUAUGGAUUUCAUUUCGAGCUCUUUUGCUUCUAUGACAAACUACUCUAAAAUUUUCUGUGGACUAGCGCUGCGGAAAGUGUUUUAUGCGAAUUACCAACCAAAGUCAUGUGCAUAUGCACGUGUUGUGAAUUUGGCGGAAAGUUUUUGUGAGAAGUUUAAGGCCUGGUCCACACGGACACGGGUAUUUUUAUAAUCCUCCUGCGGUUUAAAAAAAUGCUUGGUUUAAAACCAAUCUCCGCUUACAUGAAGCCAUCCGAAGCCUAAUAAAAAUGUGACGUCGCAAGGCAAAAACCCUGGUUUUACUGUCUACACGACAACACCUCAUAAAAAAAGGCACGGUUAUAAAAAUACCCGUGUCCGUGUGGACAAGGCCUAAGUGUGCGUGUAAAUUGGUGAAUGAGACCCAAUGAUUUGGGCAUGCCUGAAUUUAAUUAAUUUAAUUUAAUUUAAAAGAGUCAUCAACCCACAUAAUUUGUAGUAGGCUAAAUUGAUAAAAUAAUGUCUAUUUUUAUAAAAAACCUUAUGUGGGUUCACAUAGUUUAAAGGGGUGUGCAGCGAAAGACAGUCAAAUAUAAAUACUAAUGAAAUGACAUUUUUGAAAAUAAGGCAUUUCAAUUACUGACUAAUAGCAUUGCCAUUAAAGUGAACUUAGUGAACAUAUACAAGAGAGUCUGAUAAAAUGCCCAUUACAACAUGUCAGACGCACUUAAAGUGUUUUGCGUCUGAACUCUUCAUAUAUUAUUUUUCUCUCUCUCUCGUGUCUGUGUGUAAUUGCUUUUUAUUUUGCUCUCUGCAGCGCGUGGCGCUCGGUCCGGACGAUGACGGACUACCUUGAGGGCGAUUUUCGCUUUCUCUCCUCCAUCCCAGAAACCCUCCAUCCUUUAGUUCUCAGUUUCUGCUUCCGUCAAUGCCCUUUGGUCUCCAGAGGAGAUCACACAAACACAGCGAGACACAGAGAGCCAAAAGGACACACGAGCACUCGCUGGGCACAGCUGCUUGCUGCAAACUGGGUUUGUUUUCUCCAAAAGUCUCUUUUCGUCUCUUAAGCCCUCAAUCGAUCUACUUUGGGCAAUAAUCAGUAGUUCUGAAUUAAACUACGUAAACCCAUUCUUGCUGUCUGUAGCAAUAGUAAGCAUUGCUGCUUAAUGAUGACUAACCCUGUAGUUCAUCACUGUACUGUAGUCGCUAACCCUCAGUGGCUCCUCCCACUGUGUUUGUGUCGUAAUUCCUUUCAGUAGAAAUACUGUUUGAGCUUAGCUAUGACCAUAACACACACAUUGUCAGAAAAAUUAUGCAAAAGUUGUCACUGUGGUGGUCCUAAUAUGUACCAUUUAGGUACAAGGUGUACUUUUUACGGUACUACCCUAGUGACAGCUUUUAUACCAUUUUUCUGAGAGUGUAUUGAAUUUUGGGUAAUUCAUUCUGUCAGAAUGUAAAGAAAUAGGACGAAAAGAGGACGGGGAGGAAUACAAAUAUGCACGCACUCUACUAAAACAAAUCCCACUAUGCAUACAAAUGUAUUUUGCAUUAUAAUUUGAGGUUAUGCAUGCAAACAAUACCCCAUAAAAUAAAGCUCACUAUUCGUAAUAUCGUUCAAUAUACUUCCAGUAUACUUUCAUACCAAGUCUUCCAUAUUUACUGACGUCAGGUCUUUUUCAAAGAUCUGCAUUUACUAUCUGAUGAUAAACGCGUUCACAUUCCAAUGCAUAUUUCCAUAAACGUUUAUUUCACCAGCACUGGGUCUUCCAUGCUUCCAAAAAAUAGGACCAACUCAAAUCUUUCUUUUCAUCUCCACAAAUUUAACUCAGGACAUCGGUUUACGAAUACAAUCUUUAUAGAUACGGCAGCCAGGGUUGACAAUGGCUAAAAAGCUGUUUGUUCAUAUCUUAAAACCAGAUCUCUCGCACAAACGAAAUUGCGUCCUCUCCUCCCCUACACUCGUCAUGCAUCAGAUAAAACUCUUUAGCAUUUAGCAUAUUGACAACAAGGCACUGCCUGCCAUAUUGCACGGCUUAAUGGCGUGAUAGAUUAUAGUCGUAGAUCAAAGCAUUGCUCCAAACCGUCAUCUUCUUAACAAGUGGCACAGGAAAUGAUGAGUGUCUGAAUAUAUACACUUCCUGUACAUCUAGUAUUGUCUCCGCAAGAUGAAUGAAUGCUUGGUUAUUUCUGCGACACUAGCUGGUUGACUGAUUGGACAGCUGUAUGGAAAAUGAAACAACUUAAUCGGCUAAAGGUUGUUUGCUGGUCUUAGUAUGCAACCAAGCUGUGAAGGGUGGUACUUAAUGUUUUGAAGACCCUCUUGGUUAAGCUAAACCAGCUUAAAGGGAUAGUUCACCUCAAAAUGAAAUGUUGUCAAAAUAUCUUUAUUCGUGUUGAACAGAAGAAAAAAACUCAUACCAUAACAUGAGAGUUAGUAAAUGAUGACAGAAUUUGUAUUUUUGGGUGACCUAUCCCUUUAAAGGGGACAUUUCACAAGACUUUUUUAAGAUGUCAAAUAAAUCUUCGGCGUCCCUAGAGUACAUAUAUGAAGUUUUAGCUCAAAAUAUCAUAUAGAUUAUUUAUUAUAACAUGUUAAAAUUGUCCUUUUGUAGGUGUGUGUGUGUAAGAGUUGAUCUCUGUACUAAAUGGCAGUGGAGUGGUUGGAUAGUGCAGAUUAAGGGGUGGUAUUAUCCCCUUCUGACAUCACAAGGGGAGCCAUAUUUCAAUUACCAUUUUUUCGCAUGCUUGCAAAGAAUGGUUUAUCAAAACUAAGUAACUGUCUCUUUUUCACGUUGUCUAGGUUGAUAAAAGCACUGGGGACCCAAUUAUAGCACUUAAACAUGGAAAAAGUCAGAUUUUCGUGGUAUGUCCCCUUUAAGCCAGAUCAUCAUUUCACCUUAUGCUGGUUUAAUAUGUUUCAUGAGGAAUUAAAUGUUUGUAUGCGGUCAUAGGUGAAGGUUUGUUUGGUUAGAUAGACUAGUACUGUAAGUGUGACCUCUUAAAGGGGGCAGUCUGGUACGUGGAGGUGUUUGUUUCUGCCCAACAUAUGCUUGGAGAUGAUUCAGAGCUAACAGGCCUAUUGUCGCCACUGUUAUCAGUCUCCUUAUCAUUUUUUAACAUGACUGUUUAUGUUUCAGUAUAUAGAGUACUAGUUCUGAAAAUGUGAAACAUUUUAGUUUUUGAUUCGAAUGAAUCUCAGACUAGCAAUACAGGGUAAGCACUGCUUCACGUGUUUUUAUAGACUGCAGUGUGAAUCAUAAAUUAUUUUACGAUCACUCUCGGUUAAGAGGCGUUAUGCACAUCGGUUAUUUUUCCCAACCCCGACGUCAUCAUUGUUAUCAGGUGCUGUUCUAGAGUUAGCUCAAUAAUAAUUAAAAAAAAAACGUUUUUAUGGGAAACUUUCUCGCAUUGAGCUCUCUAGCCUUCAAGGUUUCUACAAACACUUAACGCGUUACAAUUUAGUACGUGUGGGACUCGUAGUCGAUAAAUACGUGUUUUAAAAUUGAUAUGGUCCUGGCAAAGGCUUUUAGACCCUUCAGAAACUGAUUCUCUGCCUCUAUAGAUAAUAAUCUGAGCUUUGUGACCGUCGUCCAUCAUUCUUACUCUAUGCAUAUGUAAUGGCGAGUCCUGCCUUCAGCACUGCAAGGACCCGCCGCGCUGCUCCUUCACCCCAUCCACUGUGACUAACAUCCGUGAUGUCUGUAACCCCUCCUCAUCACUGUCUACCCCGCCAUUCCCAUCAGCCCAACAAGUAGGACAUUGCUUUCCAAAGGGCUAACUUUCUCUCACAACAGACGGCACACUGGAUAAAUGAGCUGAAACCUCUCCUGAAACAGUGCUACUUGUUUUUGGACUGGUCCUCCGCAACAUUCCCUAUUUGGACCUCAAUUUUGAUUUCCCCUACGAGAUCAUGUUGACAUGAUGUUUAUUACUUGAACUGUACGUUGCGUAGGUAUUCAAUUUCAGGAGAGGGUCUGUCAUUCCCGUCAGUUGAGGACGCCGUGGUCAUUUCGUAAACUGUAUCGGAGACAUUUUGUACUCUGUUUGUUGCACAAACUUUUUUUCAAGAAGCCUUCUGCACUGUGUAUAUGGUUACAUAGGAUGGGGAAAGGGUGAACGUUGCAGUCCGAAUUGUAAAUAUGUUUUCAUAUAACGAAACUUUUGAUAAAGUUUUAAACGUUUCUUGUAAAAAGAAGAAAAUUGUGUAUAUUAGUCUCCUGGAUGAGAAAGAGCGUAGGCCGUAUAUGAAUUUAUGGUAUUUGUACUCGAGAGCACUGGAUUUCUUUACUACUUGAUUGUAACUAAAAUGAAUAAUCUGCCAAAGUGUUUUCAUAUUUUAAUUUUGUGUUUGCUUUUUAACAUAGGGUGUUUAA